GGAAGUUACAUGAAGGUAUAGUUAUCGGUUUGACUGAGAUGCUAAACCGGAAUAACGUUUUGGUCAAAUCUUUUCGCCUUGCUAAAGACAAAAUGGACACAACCAAUGCCCCAAAGGUGCGCCUAAAGCUUAUUGGAAAGCGUUAUGGUGAUGCGAGAACAUAUAAUUUACCAUCUGUUUCUGAGGUUGCGGCCUUGAUCGUAGGUGAUUUUGACGAAUCAUUAGGUGAGAGAGACAUAUUGGUUGAGACUAAAUCAGGUAAAUUGCAAAGGAUUAAUGAAUUGAAUCCUGCUUAUUUUGGUUUGCAAUAUCCAUUGUUGUUCCCUUACGGCGAGGACGGUUAUCGGGAGGACACAAAGUUGUCCAGGUGUAAUGUUGUUUCUACAAACGGUAGAAAAAGGGUGAGUGUGAGAGAGUUUCUGGCGUAUCGUGUGCAGGAACGUUGUGAUAAUCAUUCAUAUAUGUUGAAGGCAAAAAGACUAUUCCAGCAGUUCAUCGUUGACGGUUACACUUUAGUUGAGUCUGCUAGGUUGAGAUAUGUUAGAGCAAAUCAGCAACAACUUCGUUGUGAAAUGUAUAAAGGUUUGAAUGAUGCCUUUUUACGUGGAGAGAAUGACUCACGUACACAGGGUAAAAGAAUUGUGUUGCCACCGACGUUUACCGGGGGAGCAAGGUAUAUGAUUCAAAAUUAUCAGGAUGCAAUGGCCAUAUGUAGGUGGGCAGGUUAUCCGGAUUUAUUCAUCACCUUUACAUGCAAUCCAAGAUGGCCGGAAAUAGAUCGUUUUCUCAAUCCAAAGAAUUUGAAAUCUGAAGAUCGCCCGGAUGUAAUCAGUCGCGUGUUCAAGAUAAAGCUUAACGGAUUAAUUAAAGAUCUUCGUAUGAAUAAAGCAUUUGGAAAUGUUAGAGGAGUUGUAUACACGAUUGAAUUUCAAAAACGUGGGUUGCCUCAUGCCCAUAUUUUGUUGUGGUUGUGUAGCGCGGAUAAAUUACCCUCACCCGAUGAUAUAGAUAAGGUAAUAUCUGCUGAAAUUCCAGAUGCUAACAGUGACCCAGCGUAUUAUGCAGCGGUGACAGACUUUAUGAUGCAUGGGCCGUGUGGUCGUGAUUUCAAAUCCGCUCCUUGCAUGGUUGACGGUAAGUGUGCCAAACAUUUUCCUAAAAAAUGGUGUCCUGAAACAACUAUCGACGAUGACGGUUAUCCUAUGUAUAGGCGUAGAAAUACUGGCCGUAAGGUUUGUAAGAAUAAAACAGAAUUGGAUAAUAGGUUUGUUGUUCCGCAUAGCCGAUAUUUAUUGAUGAAGUAUGGAGCGCACAUGAAUGUGGAAUGGUGUAAUCAAUCCAGGUCCAUCAAAUAUUUGUUUAAGUACAUCAACAAAGGACGUGAUCGAGUUACUGCGGGGUUCUUUCAAGCAAAUCAAGUAGACACACACCAAAAACCACUUGAUGAGAUACAAAUGUACUAUGAUUGUAGAUACAUUUCUGCUUGCGAGGCUGCUUGGCGUAUUUUUGGAUUUGAGAUUCAAUAUAAAAACCCAACAGUUGAACGAUUGAGCUUUCAUUUGCCUGAGGAGCAUAGUGUUGUCUUUCAUGAUGAUCAACCAUUAGAUGUAGUUGUUAGGGCCUCUUCAGUGAAGCAGAGUAUGUUUACCGCAUGGAUGGAGGCUAACAAGAAGUAUCCAGAGGCCCGAUUGUUGACAUAUGCAGAGUUCCCUCAAAAAUUUGUUUGGAAAAAGAAAACAAGAGAAUGGACUCCCAGGAAACAGGCUUUUGCAAUUGGUAGGAUCUACUACGUACAUCCCGGGAGCGGGGAAUCCUAUUACAUUAGAUGCCUUUUAAAUCACAUCCGUGGUGCAACAUCUCACCAGGAUUUGAG